CAUUAUCACACAACACAACAAACUCAGAAAAAAACGAGAGAUUGAUGAUGAAGGAGGGCGGCCGGAGCGCUCUUGAGAGAGAGAGGACCAAGAUGAGAGAGAGGCAGCGCCGCUCCAUCACCACCAACAUCUUCCACGGCCUCCGCAAGCACGGCGGCUACCGCCUCUCCCCCCGCGCCGACAUCAACGAGGUCCUCCGCCACCUCGCUCAGGAGGCCGGAUGGACCGUCGAAAAUGACGGCACCACCUACCGCUCCGCCGCCGCCUCCACCUCCGCCGGGGCGAUUUCGUGUCGGUUUUGCGGCGGCGGGGGGAGGAGUGUGGCGGCGACGCCGAGCUGCAGCUUCUUGAGCGGCGGAGGAGAGUGCUCCACCACGGCUUCUCCGCGGCGCGUAGGGGACUCCGGCGGUGGCGGCUCUGCCGUGUUUGGAGAAGGGCAGCAGUUGUACUUGGUGCGUGAGAGUCGUGUAGCCAAUCAGAACACGCCAACUGGUUCGCCUUAAAUCUGGAGAGAAUUACUCGGGUGCCCUUUGUGGUCUAAUUCCUAAACUACCCUUCAUUUUUUUUUAUUGCUGAAAGUUUAAAACGAGAUUACUAGAAAAAGGACUAGGAUAUGUCUCUCAUUUUUUAUCCGAAAGAACACUAAUUUCGUCCUAUAAAUGACUUUUUUCGUUUGAA